UUAUCUACCACUCUCUCUCUCUCUCUCUCUCUCUCUCUCCCUUGCUCUUUCACUUUCUGCCGCGCUUUCUUUGUCAAUGGUAUCCUAUCAUUCGUAUAAACGGCGAGUAAACGAGAAUGGGCAGCGACGGAGAAAUUAAUACCGAAUUAAUGCCCGGAUAGAUUCAACGUUCCCAUGAGAAAAUCAAUCCGAGGACGACGGCUCUUACUUUUGCCUUUGACCUUUUUCUCUUCUUUUAAUUUCAGCCUAUUUAAUCCCUCAUUUAAUCUCUCAUUCUCCGUCAAAUUCAACGCCCGAGAAAUCUCGAAGGAGAAACGUGCGGAAAAAUGCGUAUUGCUAAACGCGUCGUGCUAAACGUGUCGUGGAGAUACAAGAUAUCCUUCAAACAGGAUGCAGGAUGUCAAUCGACCAUGGUCAUACAACACCUCGGGCGAGUUGAGUCCCGAGCCAACCCCCGAGCCAGGAUGAUUUCUUCGGCCCUCGCUUUAUUUUCGCGCACGAUCACGGCGGCUACGUUCGCGAUAGAGAUCGAAAUUUCUCGCUCUAGUCGCACCGACGACGACGGGCGAACGCAGCGGCGACUAUAUUUAGACCGCAUUAUAGUUGUGCCGUGACUGGACCGCCCCAGAUAUAGAGGCCUCAAUGAACACAAGAGGCGGGAAGCCUAAAGCUAGAAGCAAUAAACGCGCGGAAACGGACACAUGAAUAUCACAUAGGAGCGGGCUCCGAGAUUCGCGGGGCCCCUGCGCGCGAAUGUGCCGCGCCGUUGCUUGAGAGGGCGUCAAAUUUUCAUGGACCUAUUCAUAAGUCAGCUGUUAAUCAGGCCGGCUGUAAGCGUACGGAUCGCUCCCCUCCCCGUUAACUCCCGUGCGUUAAUUGGGGCUCUAUCUGCCCGACGAGUGGGACUUUAAGCCGGACGAGACGCGGCGAAGUUGUCGGCGCCGACGAGCGAGUUGAAGAGGCGCGGAGAAACGCGCGUCGAGUGUUUCGCGACGUUUCGCGAUUGUCCGGCGAGUGUCGACGGGACAGCUCGUCCGUCCGCGAAUUAAUUCACCAUGUAACCUGAAAUCGACGCGCCGACGCGAUUUUACACUCCAGCUAAUUUCGCAAAUUCCGUUGACAUUCACACACACACACACACACACAUAUACACACACGCGCGCGCGUUCGCGGGAGUCAUGCGCGCAAAAUUGUGAUUCGCGGCAGCGGUAUCUCGCGGGAGAUCGGCAAUUUCCUCUCUCCCCCUUUCUCUGCCUGAAUCGCCGCGAGAGAUGAAAAUGGGGACCACCGACGGCCCAUCUAAAUUCAUAGAGGACAUCCUGAAAGUACACAAUCAAUAUCGCGCCAUUCACAGCUCGCCGCCGUUGCGAAUAGACGAGAAGUUGAACGAGCGCGCUCGGCAGCUGGCGAGGAGCUUAGCGAGGGAUGCGGAAGCGCUGCGGGAAACUGUGCCGUACGGCGAAAAUGUGUACGUCGGCGCCGGAUAUCCGGAUUGGAAAACGCGGCCCGAGGAACCGGUGCAGCUCUGGUACCAAGAGAGCAGCAAUUACGACUACGAAGCGUCGCGACCGGCCAACUUGGCGGACGUGCGCAACUUCACCCAACUGGUGUGGAAGGACUCGAGAUUGAUCGGCGUCGGCGUGAUCACCGGGCCGGAGUGCAAGGUUUAUCUCGUGUGCAGCUACGAGCCGAGUGGAAAUGUCGACGGCGAGUUCCGACGUAACGUGGCGCCGCCGAAGGAAGUAAGGAUCAACGGGGGAUUUGGACGGUAGCCUAGCUUGGGUCUCCUCGGGUCGCGUCUCGAAGGGCCGCGAGAGAAUUGCUCUUUUUUUCCCCUGUCUUUUCCGCCAUACGUUUCCGCUCGAGUCGAACGAUGUAGCGGAAAAGGACACGAAAGGCCGAGCUGUCGUCCCGUCUAGGAUUCGAGAGCGGCGCGAAGGGACUGGAAAAUUGAACUUUCGUGUCGCGCGUUCAUUUUUUCCACUUGGGCGAAAUCGUAUUUCCCACGCGGAGUUUCAGCCGUCGAGUCGAGCUAAACACCGCGACCCCCACGUGGCGGAAUUUUACGGCCCGCCCGUCGAGUUUGUCUCGCGGCGACGAAAUCGAUUAAAUCGCGAACGAUUAAAAUAAACAAAUCAGAUUUUUCGCGUUGGGAGAUUGUCGCUCGCUAUCGCGCGCGCGCGCGCGCGCACCUGCACGUACGCACGCCCGCGGGAAUAUUUGUCGCUUCCUCGCACAAUAGUAAUCAAUGAAAUUUUCCGGAGUGUAGAAUAGAAAUUGUAUUAAUGGCUUAAAUCGCGAAUGAGAGAGAGAGAGAGAGAGAGAGAGAGAGAGGGAGGAGGGAGGGAGGAGGAGAAUACGCGCGGCGGCUCUGAAAGAAAAAUUAUUUCACACGAGAAAUAUACUUUUCGCCACACUCUCCUCUCUUGCCCGCCAACCUUCGCCGUGUCCGACACGGGAAAAUAAAAUAUCCGCUAAUAUCCGUUUUCGACGUAUUGAACGUAAACAGAAUUUUGCAAAGUGUUGUUGUACCGUAAAAAGAACAUUGCGCGCGCGAGUCUUUUUCGCAAAUUGAUUAUAAAUCAGGUACCAUUAAAAUAAAUAAACCAAGCUCUUUAGGAGAGGAUUAUUUUGCAUGUUGUUUCGCGGAAUAAAUGGUACAGUUUUAUUUCCUUUUUUCCCCUCUUCCUCUCCCUAUUUUGUGUGUUUUUUUUUCUUUUUUAUUUCGUCGUACGAACGUGUGUUCAGAGAUAAUCGUUGUUUCAUCACUUUUCCGAGCGUGAAACAUCCAUAGACACACGCGCACGCACACGCGCGCAAUUCGUGUUAUUAUGCGCGCAACAUCCGUUAUAAUUAAAGGCAAUUAAAAUUCAUUAAAACUGACCACUUUGAAGCGCCGCUGGAAAGGACGCUCAUUUCGCAGCUACGAAUAUCCGAAAGUGCGAUCGCGUGCUCACGCACGUUAAUGAGAUCCGAACGCGUAUCAUAAGAGUGUAACGCUAAACCGAAAGCCCUUUUGCGACACGCGGCGAAAGUCGAGCUUGUUAACUAAUUAAUUGGGAGCGGAGAAAUUGCUCGUUCGCGUGGAAUUAUCUGUCGCCUUCAGGAGGAUCCGCGCGGCACUGGGAUUUGCUCAUUAAUUAAUUAAAUCAGAUGGAAAAUAUACAAAACGCAAGAGCAGGGACACGCGCCGCGGUGCGAGCGCGAGUUGUACGUACGUGCAAAAGAAAGAAAAAAAUAUACAAAUCUCGUAACUUAUAUUCCUUUUGUGCAGUCAGCAAAUUAAUGGAGCGUAGUAAUUAAUCCGAGAGAGCGGAAAACUCAUCCGCCGCAGGUUGAACUUGUGUAACUCGCGUCUUUUUCCCGCGCGUUCUGCCGUUCCGUGCGUCGGAAUUUUAAUGGACUCACAACCCCGCAUCUUCCUUGUUAAAUUCGACGUCGAGCAUUUUCUCGCGGCAGCGUUCGACAUGAAAAUUUUGCUCGCCGUAAAGGCGCGCUUGAUACAAUUUUACUUUCGUUCGAUGAAAUUGGCCUGAAUAUCUUUGAAAUUUGCCCCGCCGCAAUUUCAAGGACCGACGCGCUUCGAAGUCACGCGCUUUUUUCACAGCGUGCGAACGGCAACGUACGUGUGCGCGAGUUUUAUUGUUAUUUUUCCCACUUUAUCAAGAGCGAUGCGCGCUGCCGAAUCACCGACAGAAGCGAAAUGAAAUACGAACGGCGAUCAGCGUCGAUUUCCCAACGUCGGACAAAGCUGGCAAAAGCCAGCAUAUUUCAAGCACGCAAUUUCCGCGCCGCGCGAGAGAAGCGAAGGCGUACUCGACGAGUCGCGUCGGGCAACUUCGAUCGCGCCGAAUAUCUAGCUUGUCGACGCGCGAUCUCGCGAUCUCCGCCUCUGGAUUCUGUCUCAACGAUGAUCGUGCGUCCGAAGUUUAUCCCGCCGCUGGAAAUAAACGUGAUUCAUCGCGCCGCUGCCGGAGACAGACGGCGCGCACGAUUCGCAUGAUCGCCGAACGUCAUCCUCUGCCGUCAAAUCGGCCGUGCUAUUUGUACCGUUGCGCGGAAGUCGUUUGAUCGCGCGUCGGAAUCUUAACGUCGUGUACUCGAGCAGCUUCCUCGUCAUCUUACACUAGGAAAAAUGUAUCGCUGCGUGAACCAAAAUUUUGUCGUAACAACAAAAUAAUUUGGUUAUAAUAUGCCCGACAAAACUGUUUAAUUCCUGUAAACAAAUAUCUCGUUUGA